GCAAAGCGUUUUAUUGACAUUCCUUUCAGAAUAUAAAAAUUGAAAACAUGAAUUUUUGAAAAUGUUAUUGAAUAUUCAAUAUCCCAAAAACUAUGAUCCGCACCAGCAUCGUUAUGUUAAAUAUCCCAUCUCAAAUCUUGAGGCAUUUGUCAGUAUCUUGAAAUGUUCCAUUGGUACCGGUUGCUUAGAAAUGCCAAGGGCUUUUUGCCACGCCGGUUGGUUGAAUGGAAUAUUGGGAACUUUUGCGAUUGGCGGUAUUAUGGUGUAUGCAGUACAUUUGUUGAUUUAUGGCAUGUACGAGAUUUGUCGAAGACACAAAAAUGCCUCAUUGACAUUUCCUGAAGCAAUGAAAAUUGCUUUAUUGGAGGGGCCACCAUGUCUGAAUAAAUUAUCUGUUAUGGCUGACGUCUUUGUGGACGGUUUUCUUUGUCUACAUCAUUUCGGCGUCUGCUGCAUAUAUAUCCUCUUCGUUGCUGAUAAUAUCAAACAGAUUGUGGACCAUUACUUUUAUGAAUUCGAUUUUCAUAUACAUGUGCUAGCGCUGGCAGGACCAAUGAUAAUUAUAUUUAUGAUCAGAGAUCUAAAGCAUUUAAUACCUCUCAAUGUGACAGCGAAUAUUCUCCUAUUACUGGCAUUCGUCUUUAUACUGGCGUAUAUUGUAAACGACUUACCUCCGCUGCGAGAACGCACAAUGAUUAAUAAAAUCCAUAAUUAUCCUUUAUUUUUUGGAUCAGUCUUAUUUGCCAUGGAGUCAAUUGGGGUGAUUAUUGCCAUUGAACAUGAAAUGGCAAACCCCCGAGAUUUUUUAGGAUUUACUGGUGUUUUGACAUUGGGAUCAGCGACUGCAUUGGUAUUUUAUGCAGCCUUUGGUUUCAUUGGUUAUUGGCGUUUCGAUUGUCAGGUUCGUGGCAGUGUUACAUUGAAUAUGGAUCCGCAUUUAAUAACCUCACAGCUUGUGAAAAUUAUGCUAGCGAUUGCCAUCUUCUUUUCAUAUACCCUGCAGGGAUAUGUCGUCAUUGAUGUACUAUGGCAUCAUUAUGUCUCGAAAAUGUUUAAUGAGGACGAUCAGCGCAUAAUGGAGUAUAAUUUUCGGUGCUUACUGGCGUUAGCUACAGUAUUUAUUGCUGCCAUUUCACCAGAUAUCUCCGUAUUCCUACCUCUCGUCGGUUCAUUUUGCCUGACAAUAUUGGCAUUUGUGUUGCCAGCGUUAAUGGAUUUGUGUGUCAACUAUGAGCAUGGCUAUGGAACGUACAAUUGGAUAUUUAUUCGUGAUUUAUUUCUAAUGAUAUUUGGCCUAUGUGGCUGUAUUACGGGAACAUGGGUGGCUUCCAAUAAUAUUCGAACUGCAUUUGGCCAGACAAAUGAGCCUAUCCAAAGUCUGUUGUAUUAUUCGCAACUAUUGUAAUCUGUUCAAAUAUAUUUGCCUCGCCUGUAUGCAUGGAUGUAAUUUUAUCUGU